AUGCUAAUUUCACUGCUUAGCUCACUGAUUAGCUCACUGGGGGUGUUGCUUAUUGGCCUCGUGGCAUCGGUGCACCCGUCCCGAUCUAGUUCCUUCCAGGUGAUUGAACAGCUUACUUCUGUUCCAGAUGGCUGGACUCAAGGACCUGCUCCAGAUAAAUCGUUGAUUCUUCGAUUUAGGCUAGCUGUGCAUGCGGAGAAGGAGGCCAUCUUCCACCAGAAAGUGGUGGAUAUCUCCACUCCAGGCCAUCCCCUUUAUGGCUCUCAUAUGAAGAGAGAUGAAGUUAAGGACUUCUUACGACCUCGCUCAGAAGUGUCUGCUCAACUUAUACUGUGGCUUACGUCUGGGGGGCUCAGUAGUGUCAAGAUCAAGGAUGAUGGCGCCUGGAUCAGUUUUGAUGCUACUGUCGACCAGGCAGAACGUCUUCUGAAUACUCGUUUCUACUCCUUCAUAGAUGAGCAAACCAAGGGCUCCAUAAUACGCACUCUCGAGUAUUCCGUUCCCGUAUCCGUUGCCUCCCAUGUUCGCAUGAUCCAACCUACGACGAGAUUCGCAAGGCUCCAACCGCAGGGUUCAACAUUGUUGAGGGUCACUGCACCGUCCAUGGAACAACAGACAAAGAAGGAAGAAGUCAAUUGCUACCAGCUGAUCACUCCAUCUUAUCUGUGCACUAUAUACAACAUUCCAUGUUCCAAAGAACCACAAUGUACUCCAAGCAAAGUCGGUGUUUCCGGCUACCUUGAGCAGUAUGCCCAGUACACAGACCUCCAGCUUUUCCUUUCUACCUACGUUCCUGAAGCUCCCGACGUCAACUUCUCAGUUCAGUCCAUCAAUGGCGGCCUCAACAUCCAGGAUCCCUCAGUGAGGAGCAUGGAAGCGAACUUAGACAUCCAAUAUGUGCUUGGUCUCGCACCAGCUUCAAAUGUUACCUAUUAUACAACUGGAGGAAGGGGGAAAUUCAUUCCGGACCUCGAUGCACCAGACCCAGCACAGAACUCCAACGAACCAUAUCUGGAGCAGCUACACUUCCUUCUCGACUUGGCUGACGAGGAUUUGCCCGACGUCCUCACCACUUCAUACGGAGAAAACGAACAAAGCGUCCCAGCCGGCUAUGCCGAAUCAGCAUGCAGUCUCUUCGCAGAAUUGGGCGCAAGAGGUGUCUCUGUGAUCUUCAGCAGUGGCGAUUCAGGUGUGGGUAGUUCUUGUAAAUCGAAUGACGGGACAAAUAGGACAGCCUUCACUCCUAUCUUCCCCGGUGCCUGCCCUUUUGUAACCUCAGUUGGCGCCACGAGAGGCAUGAACCCCGAGAUAGCAGUGGCUUUUUCAUCAGGAGGAUUCUCUGAACGAUUUGACAGACCUUCUUACCAGCAGGAGGCCGUCCAGACAUACCUCAACAAGCUGGGCAAUAGGUGGGAUGGCAUGUACAAUCCUGCAGGACGUGCUUAUCCCGAUGUUGCUGCCCAGGGGGUGAGUUAUUCUAUAUUUGACAAGGGGGAAUUGAUCAUCGUUGACGGUACCAGGGCAUCCGCCCCUACUGUCGCUGCAGUAGUCUCUCACCUAAACGCUUUGCGACUUUCACAUCAUAAGCCUGUCCUCGGCUUUCUUAAUCCCUGGAUUUACAGCACUGGCUUCGAGGGGUUCACGGAUAUCGUGGACGGAGGUUCCACCGGUUGCGCCGGCACGGAAAUAGCCCCCGGCGUCCGGACGGGGUACGUGCAGUAUGCUAGCUGGAACGCGACAGAAGGUUGGGAUCCGGUUACUGGGUUUGGAACACCCGAUUUUUCGAAGUUGGUGGAAUUAUUACCUAAGGAUGGGGAGGCACCACUCUGA